GGGAAUAUGGCCGCGCGGUCCGUAUGGGCGGUCCGGCGGCUGUUGCAGCGCCUCCUUGCCUCGAAUGCCGCGUCCGAGGGCAGGGGAUGGCCACAUCCUUUCAGCACCGCCACCCAGAGAACUGCUGGUGAGGACUGCAGUUCUGAGGACCCUCCCGAUGAGCUUGGGCCCUCUCUGGCAGAACGAGCCUUAAAGCUUAAAGCUGUGAAACUGGAGAAGGAAGUCCAGGACUUAACAAUGAGAUACCAGAGAGCUGUAGCCGAUGGUGAAAACAUAAGGCGGCGAACCCAGAGAUGUGUUGAAGAUGCCAAGAUAUUUGGAAUUCAGAGUUUCUGCAAGGACCUGGUAGAAGUGGCAGACAUUUUGGAGAAGACUAGAGAGUGCAUUUCUGAAGAAACAGAGCCUGGGGACCAGAAGCUCACUUUGGAGAAGAUCUUCCGAGGCUUGUCACUUUUAGAAGCAAAGCUGAAAAGUGUGUUUGCCAAACAUGGCCUGGAGAAGAUGACACCUGUCGGUGACAAAUAUGACCCUCAUGAGCAUGAACUCCUCUGUCACGUGCCAGCUCGUGUUGGGGUGCAGCCUGGCACCGUGGCGUUAGUAAGGCAGGAUGGCUACAAGCUUCACGGCCGCACCAUCAGACUUGCCCGGGUGGAAGUGGCCGUGGAGUCUCAGAGAAGACUGUGAAUGGGCCAUGAGGGACCGAAUGUUCCAGGGUACAGUCACCUGUGUUUCCUUUAUUUAUUAAACUAGGUUUGUAUUGUACAUGAGGUACUUCAUGUGAUCUGUUUUGGAUUUAGUCAUAUUGGCUUUAUUUCUAAGAUACUCUACUGAUUUAAUGUGACCUAUUUGGUCUCAUCGGAAGUCUUGCCAUUGGGCAUUUGAACAAUGUGACAAGUGAUCCAAUGGCCUUCGUCCAAAUAUGUUUAAGAAAAUUAUUUUGAAAUUGGUACUCGGAUGACUAUC